CUGGUCCAGGUCCAACAUCGCAAUCAAUGCUUAAUAAUUUCUGGAAGGAGUUUUGGAAAAAUGAUCUGCCUAGUAAAACCUUAAUUUUCUUUGGUCUCUUCUAAAAGAAAAAUUACCUGUAAAUAUUAUUCUUCAUGGUCGUUUUCCUAAUUUCUCCGGAAUGCAAAUUUUGUGGUCAUCAAGAAACUUUACAGCACUUGUUUUUUCCAUGUCACAGGUCUGCGGCCCUUUGGGUUCAUUCACCCGUUCGGCUGCGCUCAACUAUGCUCCGAAAUUCUAAAAUCCUAGACUGUUGGUCUGAGAUUUGUGAUCAGUUGAAGCUUUGGAAUGGGGAUUCUAACUAUAUUCAAAUGACAGCUUUCAUCUUGUGGCAUAUUUGGGAGAGUAGGAACCUCUGUGUUCAACCAGAUGCUCAAGUUGAUAACCUCUCCAGUCCCAUGCUUUGGCGACCCCCUCCCUCCAAUGGUCUGAAGACAAAUUUUGAUGCUGCUGCAGAUACUUCAAAUUGCAGGGAUGCUACAGCAGUUGUGGUAAGGGAUGAUCAUGGUCGAGUGGUGGAUUGGUCCUGCAAAAUUUGGCCUCACAUUUUGGAUCCUCAUCUGGUUGAAAGUCUUGCCUGUCUCCAAGCGGUGGAUCUUGCAAAAAUUAGAGGAUUUUCAAGUGUCUAGAUUGAAGGGGACUCAUUCACUGUGAUAAAUGCCGUCAAUGGAAGUCUAGCUCCCUUGUCUAUUCAAGAGAUUAUCUUUGAUCUCAUUUUUAGCUAGUUCAGUCCACUGUAUUUCUUUUACUUUUACUUUUGUUAAAAGAGAAGGGAAUGAAGCUGCUCAUUGUUUGGCAGCUAAAUUUCUGGGCGAUUUUAGCUUUAGAUGUAAUCCCUCCCUGCGUUUGUUCUUAAUAGCCUGCCCGUUUAAUGGCUUAAUGAUAUUUUAUCUUUCCCCCCAAAAAAAAAGCUUUUUUCUUGUAGUGUUUAAAUAUUUAAUGAAACUGUCUAUAUAUAUUUUUU